UUUUCCUUUCAAGACCCAGGGGCUGCUUUGGGGCAAUCAACAUAUAACAUGAAUGGCACCAGGCACCAGCCUUUGUUCUUUGUCAGUCUGCCAGAGUUACAAGAACUCUGUGCUGCUACAGUAACACUGAGUUCUCAUAUACCAGAAAGCGAGACAAGGAGUACACAGAUAAAGAUUUGCAGGCAGUUAUUAUUCCUACAUCAAGACAUCCUUUCUGCACCUCUUAUUGGAACACUAAAUCAAAUUUCAAUUGUAAUGGCGAUACCGUUUUACAAAUCAGGAAUAUGUCAGGCCUACAUAGAGAAACAAGGAGCUACUCUGCAAGCACCACAAACAGUUAGUCCAGCAGUUCUCCAAGCUUGUCUUUCCUACACACUGACAGCCAGACUUGCACCCAGGUGGAACAAAGCUGGUCAUUUCCUGGUGCAAGGAAAAGAUUUUUUGUCUCGUUCAGGAAGGCAAAAUGCUGUUGUCAUAGACCUCAGUGUAUCAGAGAGACAGCUUUGCAUCAGUGUGGAGGCUUGCUCGGUUCGGUUGCCACCCCCUGAGUUGUCAGACUUUGAUAUUUCAGCAAACAUCUUAAAGCUGUUUGAUAGCAAUGAAAAUACAGUUAUUCACCAACAUUACAUAUCAAGUAACUGGUGCUACGUUUUGCCAAGCAUGAAAAUGGGUCAGAUUAUAAACAUCAGCCACAUAAUUCCUCCAGAAUCUCCUUUCCAUUCAUAUAAAGAAUUUCAGAUGCACUGGAAGAAUCUGGAAAUAAAAUCUAAGCAUAUGAACUUGGCUGGUGAGAUGGUUUGUGUAGUAUCUCUAACACAGGCUCCUCCAAGGAAACAGACUUUGCCUGGAAUUUCUUCACCAUGCAGUAUGGAAAACAGCCACUGGAUGGAGCGUUUGAUCAAAGAGCCAGAAACAAACGGUUUUUCGAGUAGCAGUAAGAAUAUAGGAAAAGUUAGCAUUGAAGCAACAGCGAUGUCAAUGAAUAACAGGCAAAUACCAGAAGUACAAGAGUUACCAGUUGCAAAAUCGCUAGAAAUGCCUGUAAAUUCAGCCUUUGAGCUCCCCUCGCAGAAAGUCAGCAAAAUUAUACCAAUUUUCAAGGGAAAGUUGAUGCAAAUGAAUGGAAGGACCACAUAUCAUACGGGUGGGAAGAAAAGAGAAAGUGCUGAAAGACAUUCACCAAUGAAAAUUAUGGGUGUUUCAUCUUCUAUGCUGACUGGGUACAAGCCCAGCACGACUCAGGUUUACAAACCUGUUCAAAAUAUAUCAGUUAAAAAUCCUGCUCAUAGCAGCAUACUUCAGGUAACGAACACGAAAACAUAUGUAAAACAUGGUGCACCUGUAUUUCAAUGGAAAACCGAGUCUGCUGGACAAAUGACUAGUUCUGAUUUGUCUGAUAACUCAGCUUCAGGUGGGAAUUCGAGUGAAGCCAAUCACAGAAUGGCAAAUUUUCCUUCCUUUCUUAAGAAUGUUGGGUCAGUGCUUCCGAAAUCAAACAUCAGUUUAAGUCUGAAUGCAUAUGAAUCUCCUGUGUCCAGUGCAAGAAGGGGGAAAAAGUUUGCAAGUCAAAAUACCAUGCAAGUUCUUCAGAAACAAAACCAGUCAAAGAAAGUAGAUUUGCAGAUUCAUAAAUUAGACAAUGAAAUGACAAAUUCCAGUUUAUCACAGCAACAGAGAUCAAAUGAAAGAGCAGGGUUAAAUAUUAAUGAAUCUGUCUUAAAAGAUAAAGCAUGCACCGCCAAGAAUGAAGAAGGUAAAGCAGCAUGCCACUAUACGGACUAUAUUGCUGAGACAAUCAGUCAUCAUUCCAAAUCUAUCUUUGAACAGAUGAUUACAGGGAACAAGUAUCUGACAUGUGAAACUCUGACCUCAAAACUGACUUCCUCAGUCAAGGAGAGCGAUGUGGAAGAAUUUGUAAAGAAAAGUUGUGCCAGAAGAAGGCAGAAAGAAGAAGGUUCAAAGUUAAAGAAAGCCAAGAGAAGUAAGCCUUCUAUUUAGGAUGUUCUGGAGUACUGAAAGAAAACCCUGGGUUCCCAAGAGGGCAUUAACAUACUUGCGGAUCUCUGAGCUGUGUGAACUUUGCUGUUUAUUUCACAUCUUUUAUACCUGUUUCUGAGUGAAAAACUGAGUGUUAAGUACAUACAGUAAAGUGAAACCAUGUAUUGAGAACUUUUCAAGUUCAGGUUAAGCAAGUGUCUCUAAAGAAUUUGAAAAUGUAGCUAAUUGCUUAGGUUUUGAAUCACAUUAGAUCUGUUCUAGUACUUGCACUUAAUCAUUCUUCCAAGUUAGUUUUAAGUUUCAAGUCUGUCUUUUUAUGAUAUAGUUAUAUUUAAUUCCUAGCUACAAUGUUUAGGUUUCAUCAGUAAAACAUUCCUAAGUAACUUUUCCUUGUCAAGUCCAAUGGUUAGAAAACAAGUGGCGCAUUUUUUCUUAGGGGAAUAAUCUGGAGGCUGGAUUUGAUUCAAGCUUCUUUAAUUCUUGUUAUAUAUUCUAAUGAAUUAAAAAAUGCCCAGAAUUUUGCCCUAUUACAGUGACAGCUUUUGUUUUGUUUUGCUGUUUCUCAGAUGGUGACUGUUAACAUAACUGAUUUAAUGGUGCCAGUGUUCAAAAGAGAGUGGGCACUUCAACAACAAGUAUUUUUCUCAUACAAAGCAUACAAAACCACACAAAUAUUACAAAAAUUAGAGCAACAUGCGCAGUGAGGAAUCAAUAUUUACAUUUCGUCCAGAAGUUGGUAUACAAAAGUACCUUUCAAAUGCUUUCAUAGAUUUGCCUAUAUGUAAUUGAUCUUUUUCUUGUCUUACAGUAUGAAAAAGCCUGUAGAGCAGUUUCAUUUCUGCUGUGCUAGAUAAAUUAAUGCUUCAUCUGAUCUGUUUCAUAUUGUUGCCUUUUAAAUGCUGCUGGUUGCCAAUAUUUGCCUUGUAUUAUAACUGAAUUAAUUUUGCAUUAUUCUUGCAUUUUCAAAUGUUUACCUAAUUUUGUGUUAUGUAUUAUAAUACUUAAAAUAUAGAAAAUUAAAUUAUCACAGGUCCAUUUUCUUACAUUUAAAAUAAACUACUGAAUUAUUUAUUUGUGCUAAAUUGCUAAA